UCCACACAUAUCACCGAUUUACUAACAGACAUAUCAGACUGGAUGUUACACCACUUCGUAAAACUCAAUCUAUCCAAAACUGAGCUCAUAAUAUUUCCUCCCCCACGUGCCUCUUCCCCUGAUUUCUCGGUCAGGAUCAAUAGCACCACUAUCAACCCAUCCCUGCAUGCCAGGGUGAUAGCUGUAACCCUGGAUUCUGAACUCUCCUUUCAGGCCCACAUUCAAUCCCUGUCCAAUCAUGCUGUCUCAACCUCCGCAACAUCUCCAGAAUACGCCCCUUUUUAACCAAUGAUACCACAAAGCUCCAAUUCACUCCCUGGUUAUCUCUCACUUCGACUACUGCAACUCCCUCCAUUCAGUGUCUGCUGCUCCUCUCUGCCAAUCCCUCCCACUGACCUCCAUUCAGUGUCCUCCACCCCUCUCUGCCAAUCCCUCCACUGGCUUCCAUUCAGUGUCCUCCACCCCUCUCUGCCAAUCCCUCCACUGGCCUCCAUUCAGUGUCCUCCACCUCUCUCUGCCAAUCCCUCCACUGACCUCUAUUCAGUGCCCUCCACCCCUCUCUGCAAUCUCUCCACUGGCCUCCAUUCAGUGCCCUCCACCCCUCUCUGCCAAUCCCUCCACUGGCUUCCACUCGCUCAACGAAUAAAAUUCAAAAUACUAACAACUUACAAAGCCAUCCACAUCUUUGCCCCCAGCUACAUCACCAACCUAGUAUCAAAAUAUCAACCAAACCACUCUCUUCGAUCCUCCCAAGACCUUUUGCUCUCUAGUUCCCGUGUCACCUCCCAUGCUCGCCUCCAGGACUUCUCCCGAGCUUCUCCCAUCCUAUGGAACUCCCUACCCCAAUCUGUCCGGCUGUCUCCUAAUCUAUCCACCUUUAGAUGAUCCCUGAAAACCUAUCUCUUUAAAGAAGUCUAUCCUGCUUCUAC